GGAAAUGACUAAUAAUUGUAUUUUAGAUAACAGAAGUGACCAAUAAAAAUGUGUCAUUAAUCGUUAGAUUAAGUAAAGAUGGCUAUACUGUUUUGUUUGUUGUUUUCAGUUCACAUUGCUCUUACUGCAGGAGAUUGCCCAAGGCAAUGCCGUAUCUCUACACGCAGUGGAUCUACUUGUUGUACGUGUGGAUCUGAAUGGCUGACAACUGAAUGUAAACAAAAAUGUCUCGAUGAGGAAAAACUGUAUUGCUAUUACUGCAUUCGUCUUCGUUAUCCAAACAACUGGUAUGAUAACUGUUCUGGAUGCCAUGAAUAUGUAAAUCAAACAACUGGUGAAUGUAAAUCUUGUCCUGAUGGAUGUGUUUCUUGUUUCGACAAUACGUUUUGUUACGAAUGCAUAAACGGCUAUUAUGGCAUUAAUUGUAAUAAAAAAUGUGGUAAUUGUGUACCUGGCAUUCUAGGCGAAGUGAAAUGUAAUAGAGUGAUCGGCACAUGUACUAAUGGGUGUUUAGAUGGCUAUUACAGUCCCCGUUGUGAUCGUGUAUGCGAAAAUUGUAAACCGGAUAAUCAAGGCGUGGUGAAAUGUGACUCUGACUCCGAUAUAUGUACUAAUGGAUGUGUAGAUGGCUAUUACAGUCCCCGUUGUGAUCGUGUAUGUGAAAAUUGUAAACCUGAUAAUCAAGGCGUAGUGAAAUGUGACUCUGACUCCUGGACAUGUACUAAUGGAUGUGUAGACGGCUAUUACAGUCCCCGGUGUGAUCGUGUAUGCCGACAUUGUAAACCAGAUAUUCAAAGCAUUGUGAAAUGUGCCUCUGACUCCGGGACAUGUAUUAAUGGAUGUAUAGAUGGCUAUUACACUUACAGUCUCCCAUGUGAUAGUGUAUGCGGACAUUGUUUACCGGACAAUUUCAAUAUAGUAAAAUGUCAACAGUACACUGGAGACUGCGAGAAAGGUUGCGCUGAUAGCUACUUCGGUCGACGCUGUAAUCAGAAAUGUGAAAAGUGCCUACCUGACAAUAAGGGGGCAGUAACGUGUGACAUUUUAACAGGAAAUUGUCCGAACGUUUGCAUCGCAGGUUACUUUGGUAAAACCUGUAAUAAAACAUGUAACAGCAACUGUUUUGAUUCAAACAUAAAUACAGAUGUGUGCGACAUAAUGUCGGGAAAAUGCCUUUAUGGCUGUGUGUCAGGUUGGUUUGGUGACACGUGCAAUGAAACUUGCAGCGACACGUGUUCUAAAAAAUCCUGCAGUCGAAAAUCGGGCUUCUGUGACAAUGGAUGUGUUCAAGGUUGGUAUGGUGAUACAUGCAAUAAAACUUGCAGCGACAUCUGUUCUCUAAGCUCCUGCAAUCAACAUUCGGGCUUCUGUGUAAAAGGAUGCGUUUCUGGUUGGUAUGGUGAUACAUGCAAUGAAACGUGCACCGAUACAUGUUUAUUUAGCUCCUGCAAUCAAAAGUCGGGCUUUUGUGAAAAAGGAUGUGUUUCUGGUUGGUAUGGUGAUACAUGCAAGGAAUCAUGCAGUAGCACCUGUUAUGCCAAAUCAUGUGAUCAAUAUUCAGGCCGCUGUUACAACGGAUGUGCGUCCGCAUACUAUGGAGACACGUGCGAAUUCAACUGCGUUGACACUUGUAAAGAACGAGUUUGCGACAGGGAAACAUCAAAGUGUUUACAGGGAUGUGUAACAGGAUAUCAAGGAGCAUUCUGUAAUAUAACAAUGGAAACUGGUAUCGAUUCUGUUGUAGUUGGCAUUACAAGCAGUCUGGCUGGGGUUAUAAUAUUACUUGUAUUCGCCUUAAUUAUCUGGUUUAUAAGAAGAGUAGUCCUUAAAGGCAAGCGUUAUGACAACCUUCAAAUGUCUACCAGGAUCACACCUGCGUCAGUAUAUGACGAGAUAACAGAUACAAAUGAUAAAACAGAGGAACACUGUUUUUGACAGCCAUUCAUAUAUGGGAAUUGAUGCCGCCCAUCAAAGGCGAAUACACGAAUCAGGAUCCAACACGCAUAACGAUUUUGCUGGUAAUUAUGUAUCAACGCUUGCAACUGUGGAACACAUUAAAGACACUCCGCUUGUUUGUGCGAACGGUCUCAACAUGUCUGAAUUGCACCCGGAAGACAAUAAAGACUAUACAAGCGAUUGCGAUGAAACUCAAAUAUCCAGUUUCAUUUCUUCUGAUGAUGCUGAGGUUCAUAGAAAAGGUUCAAACCGAUCAAGAAAAUAUUAUGAAAUACCUUACGUAAUACCUGGUAUAAAUCAUGAUAUUGAAAUUGAAAGCAACACUACCAAUGAUGGCUAUAAAAUUCCUAUAUCCUCUACCAAUACUAGUGAUCGUAAAGCCAAAGCUCUUAAAGCAGACGAUGCAAAUCUAUCCAGACAAUGUAAUAGAAUGACUGACUUAGCUACAACCCUAACAAGAGAUUCAAAGAGAACACAGAACAAACAAUUGAUGUCCACAGGAAAUAAGGAAAUAGAUACCAAUGGCAUCAAACAAACACCACAAAAGGCUGAAGACGAUAAAUGCUACACAAAUCCUUUAAGAUUUAAUAUGGAAAUGCAGUUUGAAACACAUCAAACGGAGAAGGAUGCAAUUGAAGGAGACAGUGACAGCGCUAGCUUAAAUUAUAUACAUCCUGUGAAUUGAAAUGAAAAUAACAUUCAAAAAAUAAAUCACAUUUUCUUCCAAAAUGAGAAAAGGAGAAAGAAGUUUCAGUAGUAUCAAGACCCAUCCUUGACACAGGAUUAAUAAGGAACAUUUCAAAGGAAACCAAUUAAUUCGUUGAAGUGUUAUAAUUAUAUCAAUAUAUGUAUAAUUUUUUAUCAUUAUAAUUUUUGAAUACGUAUUACCUGGAAUAAAAAAAUGUCUGACUUGGAAGACGUAAUUUGUAUUCUGAGACAAAGCGCAUUUUUGAUCGUUCAUUUUUUUUGCAGUUACGCUUUUCUAUUUGAUUGAUGCAGAAGACUAUGAUGGGCACUUCUAAAAAUCCCCCUUUGGUUGAGAGUUUUUUUAUAUUUGUCUUCUUGCCUGUUUUAUUGGGCCCUGAAUGUUUUUUUUUUCUUGUUGCUCUGCUUCUGCACAGUAUUAUUUUGCAUAUGUAUUUACACGUGCAUUUUUGUUUGUAUUGUGUCUUUUUUGACCAUUGUGAAAACAUUAUGGCAUCAUGUUCAUUAUUCUCUGAAGAAUGAAGUUUAGCAUAAUUCUGAUUAUCAUGAUUGUUUUAAUGAGUAUGAUAGAAUGAUUCUAAAACUUGCAUUUUUGAGUUUUUUGUGCGAUUUAAAGUGUUCAUCGUUCAAAUAUGCUUUGACAUAUCGAUACAGCGUUCAGUUCUUGCGCAUCUGUCUGUGUCCCGUGAUAAAUUAGAUGAUAACAACGGGAAGGCUUUGAUUAUUUGUUAAACGAGCUAACACGCCAGCAUUACUAUGACCAAGUGUGAAAUCUAAUAAAUGAGGAAAUUACACCUAAUAACAAUCAACUUUUUUAA